AUGGAAGCUUUGUCUUUGAACCAGGAAAUGAUGGUGCUCGUUCUUCAAUUUCUUGAUGAAGAGAAUUUGAAGGAGACAUUGCACAAGAUGGAGCAAGAAUCAUCCAUCUUCUUUAAUCUAAAAUAUUUUGAAACGAAAGUACUUGGUGGAUGCUGGGACGAGUGUGAAAAUUACCUUGGCGGAUUUACAAAUAUCGGCGAUAAUGCUUUCUCCACGAAAAUGUUUUUUGAAAUUAGAAAACAAAAAUAUUACGAAGCCUUAGACAGUAAUGAUAAAAUAAGGGCUGUUGAAAUUUUGGCGAAAGAUUUGAAAAUCUUUUCAACAUAUGAUCAAGCAUUAUACAAGCAAUUAACAAAUCUGAUAACUCUUGACAAUCUUAGAGAGAAUAUACAUCUUUCACAAUAUCAAGAUGUGAGAUCAGCUAGAUUCCUACUAAUGAUUGAGCUUAAAAGGUUGAUUAACCUUAAUAACAGACUCAAUAAUAAGCUUGAGCUUCCAAAAUUGAGUGAGUCGCGGCUGCGACGCUUAAUAAAUCAUGGAUUGAAUUGGCAGCAUAUGUUGUGCAGAAAUCCGCAGCAAAGUCCACACAUUGCAACGAUUUUAACUGAUCAUUCUUGUGAUCAACCAAAUGCUGCAAAUCAUCGAUCUCGGGCAGUUGUGCCUUUUCUAUCAGCCGCUGUAGCUCCUAAGGCUAAUGCUUUACCGGCAUGGAUGGUGAAUGGAAAUCCUUCCUCAUCUUCUCGACCACUUGUUGCGAGGAAAGCUUUAGCAUUGCCUGGUCCUUCAAAUUUAGCCAACAUUCUGAGGCAUACAAGAACACCGAUUACCCAUGCACCGGUCAGAGAUCAUGAAAUAAGACGGCUUAUGUUACCACCAACUUUUGCAGAGACAGAAGCAGAUAUUGCUAUGGCUAGAAGCAUGGAGAACGGAAGAAAUUCAAAUGAUGUUUCUAAACCUUGGAAGUUGAAGGAAAUCGUUCAUCAUACUCAGUGUCGAAGUGCUACUAUGCCGGAGAGUAUAGGUCCCGGUAACAAGCAGGUUUGUCUUCUAUACACAAAACCUGGAACUGCUCUUCUAGCUCUUGGUUCAAAAGGGGUUAUGAAGAUGUGGAACUGGAGACUUACUAAAUCCAAUCCUACCGGAAAGGAGAUGACAAGAGCUAAGCAUGAACAAUUGACACCGAAAAAGGGUAUUUUUAUGACUAAUGAUGUCCCGAACAAUAAGGACGCGAUUCCCUGCUUGGACAUUUCAAAUAAUGAUUCAUAUGGCUUAGCUGCAUGUGGCGGAAUUGUUUCAUUGUUCAAAAUGGUGUCAUCAUAUAAAGUAUUGUAUCAGUUUAUGAGUCCUCCACCGGCUGCAACGUGCAUUGCUUUCAUCCCUCAAGACAAUAACAUUGCUGCGAUCGGAAGGGAAGAUUCUGUGAUUCAUAUUUUCAGUAUUAGGCACGGCGAGGUUAUAGCGGAAUUGAAGGGUCAUCAAAAGCACAUUACUAGUAUAGCUUUUUCGCUUCGACAGAAUAUAAUGGUUUCUGCAAGCGCUGAUGCUCAGCUUAUCUCUUGGAACAUGAACGCAUGGUCUAUGAAUAAAUCAUCGUCAAUCCAAUUGCGAACUGGUGAAAAUGCGGCUCUAAGUGAGGCUAAAGUUCAAUUUCACAGUAAUCAAGAGCUGUUGCUGGCAUGCCAUGAGACACGGCUAGUAAUAUACGAUGCUUCAAGAAUGCAACCGAUCAUUCAUUGGCUGCCACAAGAUGAUGGGUUGUCAGCUUGUGCCAUAUCGUCUGCGACCUACUCGGCAAAUUUUGAACAAAUUUAUGCAACAUUUACGGAUGGAAACAUCGGAAUAUUUGAUGCUGGAUGCCUCAUACUAAGACGUCGUAUUGCUCCAUCUGCAUACCUAUAUCAGACCCCGUCAACCAGCCAAAAUGUGUACCCUCUCGUUGUUGCAGCAAACCCAAAAGUGCCUAAUCAAUUUGCAAUUGCACUAUCAGAUGGGACAAUUAAGAUUAUUGAUCCCGUUGAAUGA